AUGGAGUUUCUGGACAGGGAGUUCCCCGGCUACAACCUCUUCGACAUGACCAGGCGCGUCUAUAACAAGUUCCUGAAGGUCCCUGAGAUACAUGCUGAAUGGAGGGCCUAUUGUGAUCAACAUUGCGUCUACUCCAAUACGAGGCUGGACACUGGCACGACGAUGUACAUCAUGGAUAAGUUGAUGACGAAGGUUGCUGCCUACGACCUGUGGGAUCACUUAGUCGACAUCUUCAAGUUCUGCAUCCCAACGAAUGAUGGGCACGAAUGGCACUGCACAGAACGGAAAGAUUGGGUAAAGAUCCUCGCCCUCUUCAUGCCAAUCACCCAUGGCAAGAGGGACGGAGAGAAAGUCAAGGUCGAGGUCUUGGCCGAGAAAGCCAAGUUGAACAGGGCUUUCAAAGCGAAGGCUGCCGCGGACACCACCGAGAAGGACGAGGGGAAGAAGGAUAAGACUCGCAAGAAGGGCAAAGGCAGGGGAGCGAAAGGGAAGGGCAAAUCCAACGAAGUCUUCAAUCAGUUCCAGGCAACCAAGGGCGGCAGGGAUGUGAUCAUGUUCGAGGAGAUCAUCGGCACCAUUGAGUACGCGGUAGAGGACAUCGGCGACCAGUACAUCAAUCGCAGCGUGCUUUCACAGAUGAAGGAUGUUUGCAUCACUUGGGCGUUGCAAGGCGGCGCCGUCGAAGCACCCCCGCUCGUCGCCCAGGCGCAAGUUCUGAAGUACGAGGCCGAUGAGAAGAAGAUCGAGAGGCUGAAGAAGACGUUGGUGAAGACUUCAUGGUCGUCACUGAAGAAGCACGUCGUGAUGCUCAUCCGAGAGAGGCACCAAUUCGCCCCCAAGACCGACAUGGACGCCGUGCUGGGAGAAGAUACUCAGGAACAUACUUCGUCGGCAGCGACCGGGGGCAGCGUCGCUCGCAUGAAGCGUGACCCUUCCGAGUUCCCUGGCGUCCUGAACGUCUGCAAGCUGGAGGAAGCGGUUGCCAUGGUCACGGACGAGUGCAUGAUCAUCUACAAAAACUUCAUCAGCAAGAACACCCCGAACCACAUGUUCUGCCCGACGGGCGCGCUCAGGAUGAGCCAGCCAGCCCUUCAGAGCAUGGGAUCAACCUUGCACGCUCUCGUGACAGACCCCGAUGCCAUCAAGCAGUGGCCUAGCAUGGACGUGGACGAGAGCAUCCAAACGCUCGUUGGUAUGAUUGCCUCUGCUAUAUUUCGGACGAUGCCGCAGGACAUGGUCCAUUUCAUGCGUACUCUUCACACUGCGGUCGAUGAGUCAGGAAGUGGUUACGCAGAGCUAUCAAAAUCGAAGAUCAAGGUGUUGCGGACCGCGCUGGAGUACGCCCUGAAUCUGAUUGCAGAUGCUCCAAUGCUCAUAGCUGCAGCCGCCCACGCAUCCGACGAACAACACGAUGACGCUUUCGAUAAGAUGACCGAGCUCUGGGGGAAGCUGAAGUUCGCGGCAAGUUUCAUCGAUAACUACUCGCUCGAAGCCUGUGCAGCCGACGCCCAGGCCACCUGCCAGGACACUUGGGUUGCGAUGUGGAGCAAGCUUUUGAUCGAGCUCAUGAAGAAUCCGAGCGACUCGAUUGCUAAGAGGCCUCGGGCUGAGUUGGAGCUCAAGGAAUGGGCCCGCGCACAGUCUGCAGUGCUCGACUCCAAGACGAAGUCCGAUCUUGCAAAUCAGGCGUGCUUGAUGGGCUACAACAGCAAGGAUAGCAGCAAGAACGAGAUCAUCGCCUUCAUCGUCAAGAAGAGGGUCGAGACUGAGAGGAAGAAAGAUCUUGACAUAAGUUCAGAGCAGAAGCAAACGUUGGCGGCAGCCUUGCAGCAGAUCAGCGAGGGUGAGAGCUCCAUGGCGCUGAGCAUCGUCAGUGCAGACAACGAGCGCUCGUCUCCGACUGAAUCCUACACGGCCUUGGGUUAUCGGCCAAUCUCCGUCGACACCUCCGCCAACGAGUUCGUGGCGAUGGCUCUCGCAAACAGGAUCACGUCUUUCCUGAUGGGCCAGUUGACUAAGGAUGUUGGCGCGGACCUGGUCAAGCAUAAGGAAGUUGUGAAGCCAGGUGGAACAACUACGAUCACUGCCAAGAUGUUCAGCGACUUCGGCUUCGACAAAUCUCAAAACAGCUGCAAGGAGUUGUCCUUCACGAUGUUCGGGAAUACUUUCUUGAUGAAGAUCGGGGUGCAGCCGACGCAGAGGGCCAUCGCGCGCCUCGGCGAGGUGGCGAUUGGAGGGGCCACCUACGUCAUCUGGGCUUCGCCAGCGCCUGCGAUGCACAACCCGACAGGCGGACUGUUCGUGCCAGCGUGGGGCGUCAUCAAGAUCAGAGAGUAUGAGGACGGCACUGCUCCGAACACUACCCUGAGUACGACUCGCGUUGAGCUGGAGGUCCCUGAGUGCUCCGAGCCGUUUGCUCUUCCAAAGUGUACGUUGUCUGUUCCUGUUCUCAUUCCAAACAUCGAGUUCCUGAAAAAGAAUGGUGCCACCGAGAUGUUGGAGUUGACAAGGCCGGAGCUUCCAGAGGAGAAGCACGUGAGGCUUGCGUCGUCAGGCAACACUCGCAACAAGCGCACUCUUAAGGCUGAGGGCUCCGACGAUCUGAACGGAGAGCACGUGCAAAAGUUUGCGAAGCGAGCCGCAGCAUAG